AGCUAAUCAAAGGUACUGUAACUGACGUUCGCCGGUCAUAUCGCUGUUGUUUGAUACCGUUAUCAGUCUGCAGGAGAAGGUCGUGACCACAGAUUAAUCUAACCGGAGUACUAGCAGGAAAACGUUUGCAAAAGAUGCUGGGGUAUAUCUUGGAGUACCUCUACACAUCCUUUCUGCGGUACUGGCUGAAGUGGAUCAUUAGACAAGCAACAGGAAAGUGUGAGCUGCAGAGAAUAUGUUCAGGAUACAAGCCAGGGGCAAACAGGACAGCCAAAGCAGAGUACUCUCUUCAGUCAUCAAAGAAUAAGGUUCUAAGAGAUGCUUUGCAAACCGACGAGGACAAUUUGGAGCAGCGUGUGGAUCAAAUUGUGCAGGAAAAGAAUGUCAAAUAUCAGAAAGAUCCGAUGUUCAAGAAGAGCUUGCACCUUUGCCUAUUACAAAUAGUUGGAUACAGGAGCCUGUACAAAUCAGUGGAGGACUUGAGAAAGGAGGGCUUCAACUCAGAGAAACUGGAACAUGAGACUAUGCUUUUGAAGCUAUGGGAUCUACUGCUGCCAACAGUCAAACUGGAAUCAAGGAUAACCAAACAAUGGGGUGACAUUGGAUUUCAAGGAGAUGAUCCUAAGACCGACUUCAGGGGAAUGGGCAUGUUGGGCCUGAAAAAUCUUGUAUUCUUCAGUGAGAACUACACAGAGGAGGCCCGUCAAGUGCUGUCUCAUGCAAACCAUCCUAAACAAGGGUACUCGUAUGCAAUAGUUGGCAUCAAUUUGACAGAGAUGGCGUAUAGCCUGCUGAAGAGUGGCUCGCUGAAACCCCAUUUCUACAACACAGUAUCAGGAAAACCUGAACUCCAGCAUUUCCAUCAGCUAUACUGUUACCUGGCGUAUGAGUUCGAUAAGUUCUGGGUGGCAGAAGAACCAGAGAGCAUUAUGCAGUUCAACCAGUACAGAGAAAAGUUCCACGACAAAGUCAAAGCAAUGCUGCAGGAAUCUAAUGUGUCACUAACAUUGACUCUCCGUUCAAAAAUCUAAUUUUUGUUGCAACAUUUUUGGACCAGUUCCACCAA